UCCGAUGACUUUCCUCAUCUUCUUGUCCAUGGUCCAUCUGGUGCAGGGAAAAGAACGCGUAUUCAUUGCAUUUUAAGGGAACUUUACGGAGCAGGAGCAGAGCGACUGCACCUCGACAAAAAAUCACUUGUGACACCUUCUAAUAGAAAAAUUGAAAUCGACACUGUUAGCAGUAACUACCAUAUUGAAAUAAAUCCUGGCGAGGUUGGCAUCUACGAUCGUGUUGUUGUGCAAGAUGUUGUUAAGCAGAUGGCACAGACUUCACAAAUCUCAAGUGCUACACAGAAAAGUUUCAAAGUAGUGGUGCUUAUGGAGGCAGAUCAGUUGACGCGAGAUGCUCAGCAUGCCCUUCGUCGUACUAUGGAAAAAUACUCCAUGACCUGUCGUCUGAUUCUCUGUUGUGAAUCUCUGAGUCGAAUUAUCGGUCCGCUGAAGUCAAGAUGCAUGAUUGUAAGAGUGGGCGCUCCGUCCGAUGAAGAGAUAGUGGCAAAAUCACGAGGAAAUCUGCGACGUGCACUGCUGUCGAUGGAAGCGGUGAAGAGAAAGGGAGUACCUAUUAAAGAAACCGAACAGGUACCAGAGCCUGAAUGGGAAAUCUACCUGCGUGAAACGGCAGAGUUGAUGAUCAAGAAGCAAAACAAUGAGAAUAUUCUUGCAGUCCGCGAACGUUUGUACGAACUGAUCUCCCGUUGCAUACAGCCGAAUUUGAUAUUUUUGUAUCUACUUCGAGAGUUGCUGAAACGCUGUCCACCGUCAGCUAAACGAGAAGUGAUUGAGAUGGCUGCUCUCUAUGAACAUAGGCUCACAAGGGGUCAAAAAGCCAUAAUUCACCUCGAGGCAUUUGUCGUCGCGUUCAUGGACAUCUAUUUGAACAGUACUAGCUCUAAUGCUAUGGAAACGUGA